CUUUAAAACGCACGCCGGAAACAUGUCGAGCACUCCUGAACUUUCAGAAACGGCAACUUUUCUUCGCCGGAAGAUGGUCAAACCGACGGAAAAGUCUAACUUCUCCCAGACCUGUAAUCUGUUGAGCCAUUAUUUGAAAGAGAAGAAAGGGAAUUUUGGAGAUCUCUUGAGCAUGGGAGUCGUCUCUUCUUCCAAUCUCCAAUCCAAAGGGAAACCAGAAACAUGUAAUCAAACAUUAACGACGAUGAAUCUGUUAUCGAACCUGGAAAUGUCAUCCGAAGAAGCAUCGAGCUUUUCUGAGGAAAAGGUAGCAGCAAAUUGUAACAUCUCACCCAUGGAUCUGUUCCCUCAACAUGCUAGUUUUGCUCAUCAUCAUCAUCCAUCCUCCUCGGUUCCUACUACCGAAGAAGCUGCAACAUCCCGAAUGACCAUGUUCUACGCUGGAAAAGUGCUUGUGUUCAACGAUUUCCCGGCUGAAAAAGCGAGAGAAAUCAUGUUUCUAGCAAGCAAUGGAAGCUCCCAGAAACUCAGUAGCUCUGCAUCCACUUCCUCCAAUGAUCAGCUCAACCAAACCAACUUUGCUAUUUCCAGUUCCAAUUUGGUUCCUUCCUCUGGAACCAACCAAGAAUGCUUUCAGCUACCCGCUCGACCUAUAAUUUCAGAUCUGCCAAUUGCAAGGAAAGCUUCCCUCCACCGGUUCUUGGAGAAGAGAAAAGACAGGAUUAGUGCGAAAGCACCAUACCUUCUCGUAAACAACUCGGCUGCAAAAUCUUCCAAACAACAGGCUGAUCGUAGCAAGAUGUGGUUCGAUUUAAUGGCUUCCGAUGCUUCAAUUUCAAAGCAAUCGGAAAUUCAAGAUAAACAUGUCUGGGGUGUAUCUCGCGACGAGACAAGGUCUUUUGGGUAUUUUGAUGGGUCCAAUCCUCAAUCGGCCGAUCCCAUUGAUGCUGCUGCAUGGGAGAAACAAGAUGCCCAACUUGUGAGCCUUCUUGUGGCCUCUCUCUCUGAAGACUUAGUUCCUCUGCUCCUCGACAAAGAAACAAGCCAUGAAUGUUGGACUACACUUCAUGAAGCAUACGGUUCUGCCUCCUCUACAAGACUUAUGUCUUUACAUCUUGACAUGCAAAACCUCAGUAAAAAACCCGAUGAGUCUGUCACUUCUCUUCUUCGAUGUGCGAAAGCUAUCGCCAAUGAACUUGUUGCAUCUAACAAUACUCUCAAACCUACUGAGUUCAAUCUCCAUGUUUUACAGGCCCUCUACGAUGAUCUUCAGGACGUGGUUUUUGGCAUCCUGAAUCGUCCCACACCUCCAUCAUAUACUGAACUCCAUGGUCUUCUCCUCAGUCAUGAAAGCAUGCACGCUUUUCGCAAACUCUCCGUUAUUGAAGCAGCCCCAUCUUCAACUCCAACUGCCAACAUUGCCUCAAAGCACUCUGAAUGGCAAGCUGCAAUGAGUGAUGAAUUUAAUGCAUUGAUUCGUAAUGGUACAUGGUCCCUUGUUCCACGGUCUACUUCGAUGCAAAAUAUUGUUGGUUUGGUGAAGCCUACCACCAUUUGCUCAGUGUUCACAAUUGCAAUCUCUCAAGAGUGGCCAGUGCGACCACUUGAUGUACACAAUGCAUUCCUUCAUGGUUUCUUGACUGAAGAAGUCUAUAUGUCUCAACCACCAGGGUAUGAAGACAGCAAUCAUCUGAAUCAUUUGGGGCUCCUUGCUAGCAAGACGGAUCCCUCCUUAUUUAUUUUGAAGGUUGGUUCUCAUGUUGUUUACGUUCUGGUAUAUGUCGAUGAUAUCCUCUUCACUAGCAGUGACUCCAAGCAAGUUUCUAUUCUUCUUCAGCGCCUUGCAGCCGAAUUCUCCAUUAAGGAUCUGGGCGAUCUUCACUUUUUCUUGAGCAUUGAAGCCACUCAUCACAAAAACGGUCUCUUAUUAUCUCAAACAAGAUAUAUUCGCGACCUUCCGAACAAAGCCGGCAUGAUUGACUGGAUUGGAGCUGCUUGGAACACCGCAAACGUGCAAGCCGGAUCAAGCGUGGCCAUCUUUGGUUUGGCUGCUGUGGGGCUUGCUGUAGCAGAAGGAGCACGGUUAAGAGGAGCUUCACGAAUCAUAGGCAUCGACAUCAAUCCUGAUAAAUUUAUCAAAGAAACGGCAACUCUUCUUCGCCGGAACAUGGUCAGACCGAAGGAGAAAUCUAACUUCUCCCAGACUUGUAAUCUGUUGAGCCAUUAUUUGAAGGAGAAGAAAGGGAGUUUUGGAGAUCUCUUCAGCAUGGGAGUCGUCUCUUCUUCCAAUCUCCAAUCCAAACCAGGGAAACCUGAAACAUGUCAUCAAACAUUAAGAACGAUGAAUCUGUUACCGAACCUGGAAAUAUCAUCCGAAGAAGAAUCAAGCGUUUCUGAGGAAAAGAUAGCAGCAAAUUGUAACAUCUCAUCCAUGGAUCUGUUCCCUCAACAUGCUAGUUUUGCUCAUCAUCAUCCAUCUUCCUCGGUUCCUACUACCGAAGAAGCUGCAACAUCCCAAAUGACCAUUUUCUACGCUGGAAAAGUGCUUGUGUUCAACGAUUUCCCGGCUGAAAAGGCGAGAGAAGUCAUGUUUCUAGCGAGCAAUGGAAGCUCCCAGAAACUCAGUAGCUCUGCAUCCACUUCUUCUGGAACCAACCAACUGAACCAAGAAUGCUUUCAGCUACCUGCUCACCCUAAUAUUUCAGAUCUGCCAAUUGCAAGGAAAGCUUCCCUCCACCGGUUCUUGGAGAAGAGAAAAGACAGGAUUAGUGCGAAAGCACCAUACCUUCUCGUUAACAACUCGGCUACAGAAUCUUCCAAGCAACACGCUGAUCAUAACAAGAUCUGGUUCGAUUUAAUGGCUUCCGAUGCUUCAAUUUCAAAGCAAUUGGAACUCCAAUUAUAGUUAGUUAAAGCUGAAUCUUAUAUGAUUAG